UCUUAGUUAAUUAACCCUCCAGUAUUUUUUAUUUGCAGGGUAUGCGUUCGCCUUACUUGUACAUGCAAUUCUUCAACACUACACUGAAAGAGAUACCAGCCAAUUUCUUUAAAAAUAUGGGACGCGUACGCAAUAUCUCACUGGAUAUACGCUAUAAUAAUCGUAUGCUGAAAAAGAUACCCAAUCCAAAUACGGGCAAUGUGCCCUAUUUGCCGAAUAGUGUCUUUCUCACCGAUCUUAAAAUGUCCGAUACAGAUUUGAAUUGCGAUUGUGAUUUAGGAUGGGUCGAAUUUUGGCAACGCAAACGGCGACAGUAUAUUUGCUCAUCGCAAACAUGGACCGACACUGUAUUUAGAACCUUCAUGAAUUCUCCGUGUCAAGUGUAUGGACGACACAAUUGUGACGAUCAUGAUGAUGAUCUUCGGGAGACACGCUGUGAUAACAAAGGCGGGCAGCAGUUAAUGGAAGUAAGAAUUUGACACAACAUUAAGAUUGAUAAAAAAAAAUUUUAGUCUGCAAUUAUGCUAGCUUUUCCGAGUAUCCGAAGGAAAUAUGAUUUACAUAUAUAUAUUUAAAGCAGUUGAUUACA